AUCCUCGUGGCCCGAAGGUGUUAUAAAAAAGAGUCUACCUCAGUAGAACACACCCAACAAGACUCCGAAUUCACCAAUGGACAUGUCGCUUCCGUACCCUCCGCCCCUUGUAUUAAUCACCGGCGCAACGGGGUUCAUCGGCUCACAUGUCGUGCUCCUAUCACUGCGGGCGGGAUACCGGGUGCGACUAACCAUCCGCAAACCCGAGGGAGAAGCCGUUGUACGGGCCCGUUACCCUGAAUUCAAAAAUCAAAUUGCAAUAAUCCUCAUUCCGGAUAUCACAGUCCCAGACGUGCUCAAACCUGCUCUUGACGGCGUGGACCACAUAUUUCACCUGGCCUCACCAAUGCCAGGUGCCGGUUCCGACCUGCAAAAAGACUAUAUCGAUCCAGCAGUGAAAGGCACUGAAUCCACUCUGUUUUCUGCGCUAGAAUUCCCUCGGAUCAAGAGCGUGAUCGUUGUAUCAUCACUACUAGCUUUAACGCCCCCGAUGUCUCUUUGCGAGAAGGAAGUGUUUGUUAGAGGUAACACAAACGACGUCAUCCCGAUAGAUCUGAACCCAUCCUUGCUAGAAGGCUCUCUCGGACACGGUCUUAAAUAUAGUGUCUCAAAGAUAUCCGCCCACCAAGCUACGCGAGACUUCCUGGCCAACCAGAAUCCGCACUUUACCAUUGCCACCUUCCACCCCAGUUUCGUCCUCGGCGAGAGUCUGAUCCAAUCAGCACCCGAGGAGAUAGACGGAAUGAAUGCGCUCUUUUGGAAUAGUCUGCAUUCCGAGAAGCCAAUAAUACCGAACGUGUGGGUAGAUGUACGUGACGUGGCGGAGGCACUCGUGCGGGCACUGAAGACGGAGAUUUUGUCUGGGACGGAAUUCAUUUUGUCGGCGCCAGCGGGAUCAUGGGAAGAGGUAGGGGAACUGGUGAGGCGGAAGUUCCCUUCUGUUCGCUGUGAACUAAAAGGUCCCAUGGAAGCGGGGUGGACAGUUGAUACAGAGACUGCGGAGAGGAUUCUAGGAAUGCAGUGGAGGGGACAAAAUGAGAUUGUUGAGGCUGUGCUGGAGCAGCAACUGAGGUUGAGGGGAGCUAAAUAAGUUCAUGUCGAUUCCAGGGGCUCUUCACCCAU